CGCAGAUCUCUGUUUAGGUCUCGCAUGACAAAAACCACACCAACAACAAAACAGUUUUUACAUUGAUCAUUUAAAAAGAGGAUCAAUUUCAUGGACUGAGCGGUUGCAUGGAUUUUUGUAUGACAUGCCAAGUUUAGGACCAAAGAAGAAAGACAAUCUAUCUAGAAUGGAAAAGCACACUGAGGACUUUCCACAGUUGAGCAAUGAGAUGCAGCUGAACCUCAUGACUCGGGUGAAGAGGGGAGAGUUGACUAUUGAAGAUGCUCUUAAAGAGGCACGGAAGGACAGUAAUCUGCCCAAACAGGAGAGCCUGGCUAAAGAGGAACAGCAGCCCUCACAGUACAACUUCAGUGUUCGCAAGCACAACCACUACAGAUGGCAGAAGCGGGUUCUUCAGAUUGAUUUCAAGACCAAAAUGCUGUGCAGCAUUGAGAAAGGUAUCAUCAAGCGACAACUUCCCUUCUCCAUUGUCAAGAGUUGUGAUGAUGGAGUGGGUUCCAGGUUCUCCAUUUCCUUUAAAGGACAUCAUGAUUAUGAAUUGGAGGCCACUUCACUGGAGGACAAACACAAGAUGAUUCAACUCCUGAAUCAGAUAAUUUAUGGGAACAUAUACAGUGAUCCUGAAGAGAGCGAUGCAGAAACGCAUCAGCAGCCUCAAGCAUCACAGACCCUUCAGCAAGGCGUCUUGUUACUGCACCGAGGCGGCCUGGCAUCAUUCAGAUGGGUGAAAUAUGAGGUCCAACUCCACCCAGGCCAGCUAACACUGGUGCCAUUCAGGCGACGAGGCCCCGCCGACGGUGAGGUGACAUCCUCCGUGCCCGUGUCUGUCGUGAUUCACCUGUCAGACGGCAACACCAGCGUACAGAAGACUCCCAGCCCAGACACUUUCACUCUGAUCACCCACAAAAAUGAGUACCAAUUCAAGGUCCCUUUACCAGAUCAAACUACUCCCCCUGGGGCUGUCCAGGAGCAGCGGGAUGCUUGGGUCCAGGCCAUUGACAAACUGUGUAAAGACUGGAAGAGGAAGUCCAGGGCUGAACAAAUGCCAGAGGAAAUAAGGGGUCUACAAAAUAUCAGCAUAGCCGAAGACGCGGAGAACACCGACACAGAUCUUGAAUCAAAUGGUAAAAAUAUGACAUUCAAUUAUCCUACAGUUGAUAGUGAAAAUGAAGAUCUCACUACUGCUGGUGGUGAUCAUCAAUCAGCUGAUGACACGAGUCAAAGUCCCUCAGCCGAUCACACAACGCCUGUUCCUAAACCUCGCAGCACUGUGAAGACUGCUGUUCAGGUUUCCGGGCCUGAUGUUUUGCCUCCCGACCCAUCACCGACCUCUCCCGUUGGUGUUAUUGCCUUAUCUUCACCCACCUCCCCUGAACCCUCGCCCUCCAACAAUGCCCUCACAUCCUCUUCCACAGUCCCAGAGAGUCUUACCCAGGAAUCAGGCUCUUCAGUGGUGAAAGUGCCUGCACCCCCAAAAAUCCCAUUGCCCCCACCUUUACCCUUCAAUCUGAGGACGAAUUCAAGAAAACCAUGCACCAAGGCUUUCCACUGGGACGUAGUUGGCUCAGAGAAGAUUGGAAAAUCAUUUUGGAUACAAAAAAGCAGCAAGAGGAUUGAAAUCGACACAUUGCGCUUAUAUGAGCAAUUUGCUGUUAAAGAUCUGGGGACGUUUGGAGCGGCUGAGCCGAGUAAUACCCAGCAAAUUAUGCUCAACCAGAAGGUUGCACACAACUUCAAUAUUUUCCUCAAAAGUUUUCCAGUGCAACCGGGAGAGCUGAAGGACAAACUGUUCAUCAUUAAUGAGGAAGAUGGAGGCCUGUCUGAUGAGCACAUCACCUCUCUGAGGAGGUACGUCCCCACCAUGGAUGAUGUGGAAAUGUACAAAUCUCACAAGGGCCCUGUGACAGAACUGCAUAUUGUGGACCAGUACAUGAUGGAGAUGUGCAACAUCCCCUACCUGAGCACACAACUUGACCUGCUGCUGACUCUGAGAGAGCUCCCGAUCAGCAUGAACGACCUGCAGCCUCUGAUUAACCAGAAGAUCAGAAUGUGCACACAGCUGAACAACUCCGGGUCAUUUGUUUCCGUGCUGGAGUACCUCCUCGCCAUUGGCAAUUACCUCAACGAGAACGCCAGAAAGGAAAAGGCCAAGGGAUUCCGCCUCUCCUCCUUAACUAAACUCUCCCAGCUCCGUGGGAGAGACAGGAAGUUCACCUUGCUUCAUGCCCUUGUGGAGCAGAUCAUGUUGCAUGAACCAUGCUUGGCCACUUUUACCCAGGAGUUGGCAGAAUUUGAAACUGUCCCUGGAGCUUCCAUCAAAGGUCUGACCGCAGAAGUAGAUGUCCUGAAGAAUGAACUGCAGAAAGUCAUUCAGUACAGGAAAAUGUCCAAGAAGAGAAAUGCAGGAGUUCAACAGCCAAACUUCGAGAGAGAACUGAAGAUGGCAAUUGAAAAAUACAAAACGGAUCUCUCGGCACUGACGAAGAUGUGUGAGGAGAUGAAGAAACUCUACUCUGUCAUACUGGUUAAAUUCGGAGAACCAGCGGAUCAAGACUCUCAGGAGCUCUUUGGGUUGAUUUGUCAGUUCAUUCACGAGUUCAAGAGGGCCCGUGCUGAAAUGAUAUGAAUUAUACUCUACAGAGUACAUAUUGCUUACCACUGAGACAGCAGUGAUUAUUCAUUAGUCACAGUUCAGAAAGAUGAAGAUACAAAAAUAUUAGGAUGCUUUGAAAUAUAAAAUGUUGCAUGGAUUUGUUUGUAUUUUUUCUCCUGUGUUGUUGUACAGAUGUUUUUUUUUAUAAUGGGCACUGAAUUUGAUUCAUGGUAUAGACUUACAGUAUGAAGUGUGAUGCUAAUGCAUCUGGAUGACAGGAUGACAAUGCCAGUGAAAAUCAAUUUUGUGAAUAUAAAACUGAUCUAUCACAUUAUUUCACAUCAAAGGUUGUUUUGAUUUGUGUUGACUUCGUGUUUACUGACUAUUUGUUUUGAGACGAAUCAGUAAUGAAGGAUUUGAAAGCCCUCGGUUGUAAGACACACUCGGAUGCUGAAGUGUGCCGCUAAUACCCACAGCUCUGUGCUGGCAGAGGAACAGAAUAGACUGCACUUCAGAGGCCAGCUGAGGCUGGUUUACUUUGGGUGCAUGAUUAUUUUGAACAUGCAAUCGUGCUGCGGACGGGGACAUUUUGUAUCCCAGCUCUCCAGGAGGAGCUCCAAGGCCGCCUCUGAUUAAGGACCACAUCUGCACUGUGGCAAUGACAUGAUGAGAAGCACAAAAUUCCCUAUCAAAAGGUUGAAAGGUAUUCUUAACACGGUUUAGAACUGAUGCAUGUGUUAUACAGGUUGUGUGUGUCUGACAUUUUAAUCAGUUGACAACAAAAACACUUUGUAGCUGUAACUGUGAACCAUGGUGGUAUAAUGAACCCGACCUCACACUGAGCAGGAAAAGUUGCACAUUUUCUUGAAAAAGAAGAAACCACUGAUUUUAAUUAAAACUUUGCAUCUGUAGAAACUGGUGAUUCAUUAGCAGGAAACACGCAAAACUAUUUCAUUAAAUGUUUCCUUCACACCGUCUUAUCAUAUUAGCAUUUUUUACAUUUCCAAUUUGUCAAAAUCGACCCUGGAUUAAUCAUUAAGGUUUUUUUUUCUUGAUGUAGUGUCUUUGUACCGCUUUUGAAAAUAAAGAGAGAUGAGUGACAUGACUUUAAGCAUGUACACAAGAACAACUCCAAAAGUCACUUCUUCUUUCUUACAUUGGAAUUAGGUUCACUUUUAAAGAGACAAAGACAUGUAUAAUAUAAAUGUUAUGCCUUUAUUGUCCCCUUGUUAUAUGCCACAAUCCGAAUUGCUAUUUGCUAUCAGUUUUCAAAUACUUUGUCAGUAUUGCCUUAGUUUGUAUUGGCUCCAUUGUACACUACUUUUCACUUUUAGUUUUGGAGGUCAUUACUGGGUUGUUAGAGCUGUGUGUAAAAAAAGGUAAGACAUUUAAUUUUACUUUCUCUCCAUGUACAAGUUUAUCUCAGUGUCAGGAUAUUAUUAUUAUUAAAAUUAAGAUGUAUUUGCAACAUCAGUGGUGUAAAUUCCUAGUCUUUGAACAAGAAAUCAGUGGGGGAAAUUAAUUAACAAAUAGCUGGAGCAGGAAGCUGCUGGUGUUAAGGUGUUAUUACUCAUUAUUAUUAUUCCUAUUGUGAGAGCAAAGUUUGGUAAAUAUGUUUUACAAAGUGAUUGCAGAGCGACAUUGGAUAAAUCAAAUUCAAAAGAAGGCGCAGGCACACAUGGUGCCAUGUGCAUUUCUGCAUUUCUAGUUUGGCAAGUUCAUUCCGAGUAUACUGUCUGCUUAAUUGGCAGCUGAGUGAAUAAAAUAAAUUCACAUUUAAAAAACUACAUGCACCUGCCUAAAUCCCUAAACCUCUUUUUUCAACUGAAAACUAAUUUAUAGGUAUUUGAUAAUGUUGUUGAUCGAUUGAAAUCUUGACAUUUUAGAGCAAAGUAUCUGAAUUCUUCAUCUAGUGCUAGAAAUAUGCAUAUCAAUCUCCCUCUACUGGUUGAAACCUGGCAAGUGCAGUUGAAUUUCACUAUUGGCUGAUCUGAAGGCAGCUUUCGUCUCCAAACAACCCCUUCUCCUAUAAAAGCAACGUCUCAACUCUGCAGACUGUGGCCUGCUACAAAGCCGUAGCCAAACAUAUUAAUAAUAAAUUUAAAGAUUACUGUAAUGCAAAAGAUGUUGCUUGUAGUGCUGAACCCACAGAGAAUUACCUCCAGACACUGCAGUUUAUCUUAGCUCUAUCGAGGGUUUUAGCACCUUUCAGCUCAUUGUUUCUGUUUUAACUUUACUGUUUUGGUUCAGUCUCACUGCUGUCAUCAACCCUGUUUCAACAACAAAGUUAGGUUUUUUUUUAACUAAAGGGGAGUAAAU